AGGAGCAUUUCAGGUUACAUAAACGCAAUGAAGUCAGCAGGGGGAAUGUGUUUACAAGCCCACUAAACUAGACCCUGACCUGAGCAAACCAAAAAUUAUGUUUGCUGAGUUAUAUGCGCUCUGUAUCACGGUGCGCAUGUCACUGGAAAUGAUCCAGUUCUGUCAAGUUCAGUGAUGAAGACAGAGGAGAGCUGGAAAGUUAGUGCCAUUAUGUCUAAUUGGUCUCAGUCUGUGUUAGUUUUUCCCCUGAUUGACUACCCUUUAUUGCUUAUGAAAGAAUUUACAGCCUUACAAACAGCCUCUUCCAAUUGACAAAAAAUGUUUUGAGAAAAUAUGCACACAGUUAACCCGAGCCUGAAUGAUUAUAGCCCCACAAGUCUGGCUUUCAGUGCUUUAUUUGAUCUACUUAGCAGAGUUAUGAAUGUAAACAGGAAGUCAGCUGCUCUCAUGGCAGCAGUGCAGCGGGAACUCAGUGUGAGGUUGUCUCUUGUCGUUGUUUGAGCCCAGUCUUUAGCCCCCUCCUCUCUGGUGUUGCUCAUGUGGGACAGCGGCCAGUGACGGUGCAACAGUGGAACUCUGGCUGUCUGUAUGCGGGUCAGGAGAUAACAGACUCCACAGGACAGGCGGGCUGCGAGGGAGCAGAGAGAGAAAAACAAGACACUAAGAGACAGAAAGACGCUUCAGAAGAAGAUACUUGGAAAGGAAGGACAACAGUGGUUGGGCUGAGAGAGUACAAGGGAAUGCGGACACCAUGAACUACGUGGGCCAGCUGGCAGGUCAGGUGCUGGUUACCGUCAAAGAACUUUAUAAGGGCAUCAAUCAGGCCACACUGUCGGGCUGCAUCGAUGUUGUGGUCGUCCGCCAGAGAGAUGGCACCUACCAGUGCUCACCUUUCCACGUGCGCUUCGGCAAGCUGGGCGUUCUGCGCUCCAAAGAGAAAGUGAUUGACAUUGAAGUUAAUGGAGAGCCGGUGGACCUGCACAUGAAGCUUGGUGACAAUGGAGAGGCCUUUUUUGUUCAGGAAGCUGAACAGCUUAAUCAGAUUAUCCCUGCCCACCUGGCCACUUCUCCAAUCCCCACUGAGAGUCACCUGUUCUGGAUCUCAGAGGUCGAGCACAAAGAGCUGGAAGAUGACACAGCUGACCCAGAGGACCCACCUGGUCCUCCAGCCCCAAGCACUGUAGCCACAAAAAAGAAGAAGAGGAGGAGAAAGAAGCACAAGGGAGAUCCCCGGAGAGAGGAGCUGACCCCACCAAUGUCAGUCACUACUGGUAAUGCUAAUGCUGCUAACGUACCUGCUGCAAUGACUGCUGCUAUUUCUGGACAAAAUGAAGAGAUCUUUGAGAUGGACAUGAGCUCGGACGAAGAAGCCGCAGCACGUGUCUCAAGGUCACCAUCUGUGUCUACAAUGCGAGAUAUUGACCCCAAAUUACCCGCAGCAAGACACAACCUUGAUGGUUAUCCGCUAUCUGAUGGAGACUGGCCAGCAGAUGAUAGCCAUGGCUUGUCUCAAGCUUUUUCUCCAAAGAGUGACUCUGAACUAGUGGUGAGACCCUCUGAGAGUGUGCUAAGAGCUGAGUCCCACAUGCAGUGGACAUGGGGAGAAUUUCCAGAAACAGCCAGGGUCCCUAAAAAAGAGAAACCAGAACUUCUCAAAACAGUGACCAUCACUCCAUCAGAGAGCACCCACUUCCGAGUUAUCCUCAGUUCAGAGGCCAUGGAAAACGAGACAGAGACUGAAAAAGAAGAUGCUGCUUCCUCCUCUGUGUGUACUAUUGUCAAGCCCGAGCCCCGCACCCCUGUCACUACUGUAACACCGGAAAGUCUCCUCACACCUGUCAGCAUUGUUACCUCUGUGAGUCCUGUAACCCCCGCAGAGCCCCUGGAUGUCUUGCCAUCCAGUGUGGUGACCUCCACUCCUUCUAUCAGCCAACCGAGCGAUUCUCCCUCAAAGAAGAAAGGUGUCCCCAAACGGAGCCAGCAUCAGGGGCCUGAGGACAUCUACUUAGACGACCUGAAUGUACUUGAACCUGAUGUUGCUGCGCGAUAUUUUCCUAAGAGUGAGUCUGAGGCAGCGACUAAACACUGGAUGGAAUCAGAGAUCCGUUCUGGCUCACAGUCUCCUCAGUCGGUUGGCAGCGCAGCAGCUGACAGCGGGACAGAGUGUCUUUCUGAUUCAGCAAGUGACCUCCCUGACGUCACUCUUUCUCUGUGUGGAGGCCUCACUGAAAACGCUGAAAUAUCCAAAGAAAGGUUCAUGGAGCAUAUCAUCACUUAUCAUGAAUUUGCUGAGAAUCCAGCAAUUAUAGAUAACCCCAACCUGGUUGUAAAGAUAGGAAAUAGAUAUUAUAAUUGGACACUAGCCGCUCCCUUAAUUCUAAGUCUACAAGCAUUUCAGAAGAAUUUACCAAAGGCAACAGAGGAGGCUUGGGUGAAGGAGAAAAUGCCAAAGAAGUCAGGUCGCUGGUGGUUUUGGCGAAAGAGAGCGGAUAGUACAAUCAAGCAGUCGGAGACCAAGCUUGAAACAAAAGAGUCAUCUCAUCUGGAGGAGGAAGGACCCUCCAUAUCUCAGGAGAAACUGCCCAUGCCGCCUAAAGCAGGAGACACAUCCAGUGAUGAAGAGGGCAAGGAGGUGAGCGCUGCUUCCUGUCAGGACAGACUGCAGCCUGUGGAUGGUCAGCACCACCCGAGCCCACACACUUACAGGAAGUCACUACGCCUCUCUUCUGAUCAGAUAGCCAGUCUGAAACUGAAGGAGGGACCCAAUGAUGUGACGUUCAGCAUCACCACUCAAUACCAGGGAACAUGCCGCUGUGAGGGCACCAUCUACCUGUGGAAUUGGGACGAUAAAGUCAUCAUCUCUGAUAUUGACGGCACCAUUACCAAGUCAGAUGUGUUUGGACAAAUCCUGCCUCAGUUAGGAAAGGACUGGACCCACCAGGGCAUUGCCAAGCUCUAUCACUCGGUAGCUGAGAAUGGCUACAAGUUCCUGUACUGCUCAGCGCGUGCUAUUGGCAUGGCAGACAUGACAAGAGGUUACCUGCAGUGGGUCAACGAUGGAGGCACCAUUCUACCCAGGGGACCUCUCAUGCUGUCUCCCAGCAGCCUUUUCUCUGCCUUCCACAGGGAGGUCAUCGAGAAGAAACCAGAGAUCUUCAAGAUUGAAUGCCUUACAGAUAUCAAGAACCUGUUCCAGCAUAACAAACAGCCAUUCUACGCCGCCUUUGGGAAUAGGACUAAUGAUGUGUUUGCCUACAAAGAGGUGGGAGUUCCAGUGUGUCGGAUCUUCACUGUAAACCCAAAAGGAGAGCUGAUCCAGGAGCAGACCAAGGGCAAUAAAUCUUCUUACGGCAGGCUAAGUGAGCUGGUGGAGCAUGUGUUCCCUCUGUUGAGUAAGGAGCAGAACGAGGCCUUUGUCAUGCCAGAGUACAGCUCGUUCUGUUACUGGAGACAACCCAUACCAGUCAUCGACCCUGACGAGCUCCUCUGAUCCAGCUCAUAUGGAUACCCAGGUAUUCAUAUCUCCACCACUGGACUGUGCACUUGAAUGCAUCUUUAGGAAAUACACAGACUUUCCUAUGUAGUUCUCAGAUACGCACAUAAACAAUAAUGUACAUUGAGUUCAACACAGUAACAGGGUAAUGACCAGAAUCACAAACAGCCUCUAAACUGUAAUGAUUCAUUAGAGAUGAGUGGAACCGUAAAUCCUGGUGAAUAAUCCCUGAAAUUUUUCAUCCUUGGACAACCUAAAUAAUCACCUUUCCUCAUGCCGGUGAAGACGUCCAAACCCAGUGAGCGCUCUUAAGUCCCCUUCACAGAACAGGGAUUAAGAUCCUAGACUCCACUUUUUAUUUCUGUACCUUCUAGCAAACAGGAUGGUCUGUAUUUGUCAUUAGGGACACGACUGAAGCCCCAAGCACUAGAGACUGAGCCGGGCUGCUGGAGGAAGAGACUUUGUUUUCUUGAAUUAAGUUUUCAAAUCUUCCUGAUGCCCUCAAGAUUAAAAACUAAAAAUAAAUUGAUUAAAAGAGGAUACACUGACCAUAAUUUAUGUUUCAGCAAUAUUUAGCAGUGGCUGCAGUGUUUGCCUUGAUGCAGGUAUCUAUGGUUAACUUGGAGGGUUUUUUCUGUUCUCAAACAUAAAGUAAAAGUCGUUAUAUCGGCUGGUAAAAAAUCUACACCUCUACCUGCAGUGAAGCCUUCAGAAAUGCCUUCAGCACCUACGUAAACAGGCUGCAGAGAAGGUGGAAAUUCUGCUGAAGGUGGUCAGUUUUGCUCUUUAUGACUGCGGUUGUUACUUCGCUGUUGGCAGAACAGAUUUCAGAUCAUCCCUCUUUCCCUCAGAGAGCUCUUUACGUCCGUACUGAAUGAGUCAUGUUCAGUAUUGUUAAUAUUCAAGGUUGUUCCAGGGGUAAACUUUUGCCAACAAGUAUGUGAAGAUCCACUCUUGGAUGUGACUUAAAAACAAAAAGAAGCAGCUUCUUGGUAUAUUGUCUUGCUGUUGAUUUAAUAUGUUUGUUCUGUUAUUCAAGCUCUGGCGAAUCAAGUGUGUUUUGUUAACAAUGUAGUCAUUAUUUAUGAUAAUUGAUAUGUUUAAGUUAUUGAUUUCUAUCGUGAUGCCUUUGCUUGUCUGAAAAAAAAUAACUAAUUUAUCACCAAUGCAAUGUUGAAAUACUUAAACUUGGUAUUUUGUGUGGGUGGACACAGCUUACCAUGCACUUAACAGUAACUUGUAGGCCUUGUAAGAUCCUUUCUUUUCAAAUCUUGUAUCCAGUUUUCACACCGUUCUGUAUUCAUUUGUUUUGCAGUGAAACUUUCAACAUGUAAGGUACCCUCACAUUCCUUAGAAACCUCAGAAUCUGCAGCUUUAGUAUUAGAAUGUGUGUAAAUGUAAAUUAUAAGUUUGAAGAGUACAAACAAGCAGAUGUGAAGAGAGAGAGCAAAAUGAAGGAUUUGGGCUUGCAAGGACAUCUAUAAGAUGACUUAAGGGUGACGUAAUGGUGUGUUUAUGCGUGUGUGCGUGCAUACCUAAUCACUGAGUGCUGCUGUUGUGGGGUGACAGAAUCACUCACCCUUUGCUUACGUUCCCUCAGUGGCUUUAUCGAGACUUUUUCCAACGCACUUUUGUCUACGCUGCACUCAGACACAGCUCAGAGCACCUCUCACCCACAUGCACUUCACCGAAGGUCUUCGUAGAUUAUAGACCCGAGUAUGCAAUUAAAGCAGGACGGAGAGUUCUAGAUUUACCUCUUGUUGCCUGAGUGACACCUUGGAGAGAAAUACUUUGAAUUGAAGUAAUUAUUGAAAGGGGAUUUGUGUUUGUAAAUGAUGUUUGUAUUGGGUGCUAAAGCUAACCCUUAGCUUCUUUGUGUGUUUGUGUGUGAGAGAAGAUAAAAGACUGAUCCCGUUUCUCCGCUGUCCGGAGGAAGAGCCAAAAAGGUUUUGUUUGGGGAUAAACAGGAAAUACUUGACUGUAUACAGGAAGCUUUUUGAAGCACUUCAGUGGCAUUAUGUGUAUGUGUAAUAGGAAGAGAGACACUGUGGGCAGAUGCGCCACUCCACUUACAUGGAUCAUAUCUCCUGCACACGAGUAACAGCAGCAUGCUAACAAUCUGUGCUAGUGAGGAUUAAAAAGUAAGACUAGACUUACAAAAAGCACAAUUUACAACAGUGGCUAGUUCCAGAUGAGUCUCUGUGAAUCGUCAUUUUUUUCACUCUGUAGCUGCGACGUUUCCAUGAUUCUGCUUUGAUGGGUUUGCUUGUUCAUUAUGAAGGGUGGAGGUAACAAAAAUUAAAUUAUAAAAGUGGGGUGAUUAAAAACAUGUGAACUAAAUAAUGAAGUAAUAAAUUCUGAAUUGAUUUGAUUAAUUUGAGGUUGAUGUCAUGAAGAAAAUUGGUGCAAUUUGAUUAGAAUAGUGGCAGAUAUCUUUUUGAUGGAUUUCCAUUCAUCAUUUAUUAUUAACAACACAAGCAUUUUCAAUUCAAAUAGCUAUGAAACACAAAAGUAUAAGGAAAGAAAGUCUGUUAUCUCCCAGACUUAAAGGGUGGGUCUGGGCCCAUCAGGCCCACCUGCAACACUAUGGCUGGUUUUUAGAGAAGGGUCUGGCUGCAGACCAUACGCUUCUGACGGCCACUUGCACAAACCAGUCAUCUGAGAUUCUGUAUAUCUCAGACAGCAGGUGCCGUAAUUUACCGGUACAACUUAUUUCCAGUUUUAGAUGUAUUUUUGUUUUGAUUCACCUUUAUUCAUAGACAAAGUCUGGCAGUGACGUUCAUGAAAUAACCACAUUACAUACUAAGAGACAUUUCAUAAAUAAACCAGAGAAAAAGGUCAGAGGUCUAAUCCAGAAUUAAAUUACGCAUAGACCUGUUUAGAAGUAAUUACAUGGCUGUUGGCACACUUAAUAUUAUUUAGCAUUAGCUAAAACUAACAUAGCUACACUAGCUAUGUAAUGCAUGUUACUACAUAAACCAAUGUAGCUAUGUUAGCUUUAGCAGUGUGAGCCUUAGCAUUAGCUUAGCUUUAGCUACAUAUGCCACGUAGUUCCAUUAUCUGUAGCUUAGUUAGCUUCAGCAAUAUGAGCUUUAGCAGACUGAAGCUAACUUAGCUACGCAGAUGAGGUAAAUAUGUAGCUUAUAUAGCUGCUUUGUGUGCUCAGCAUUAGCUCCAUUAGCUGCUUUAGCUCUGUUAUCUAUGCAGCUUGCACAGUUAAUGGAGCAAUGCAAGCUACGGUUUUUAUGAAGGACAAGCUUUUUUUCCUGGGAGCAGACGGCUAACUCUGCUUUAUUAAACGUUUUGUAGCUAGGUUUUGCAGGUCAUACUAUGAACUUUUUAACUUUUGGUAUCCAAUCCUUACCUUAGCCCUUACCCUGUCCCUAAAUGGAAGUUUAAACCAAUUUUAUUUUUGAACUUUUAGAUUCUAUUUCCAUUGCCUAUUCAAAUGCUUUUUGACACUCAAUAAUUUAAAUCACACACUUGUUCAUCACCUUAUUUUUAUCAUCACUUGAUGUGACUUUAACUCUUGAGGCUUCUUUCCUUGAACUAUAAAUGGAAAUGAUUUUGCUGUUAAUGAUAAAUGAUGAAUGAAAAUCAGUUAUUCAGUUUGCCACUAUUUUCAUCAAAUUAACCUCAAAUUAAUCAAAUCAACUCAUAUUUUAUCACUUCAUUUUCAAAUUCAAAGGCGUUUUUAUCACUUGAUUAUACAGUUCACAAGUUUUUUAUCACCUCUACUUUUAUCAUUUAAUUUGUGCAUCUUUCACCCGUCCUAGUUGUCUAUAAAGUUUAGUGAAUAGAUAUAUCUUCUGAUUUAGCAAAAAUGAAUUCUUUUCUUUCUAUGAAAGUAAAAGCAUCUUGUGUGGAAGACUCACACUUCAUCCUCUAUGAUCCCGGGAUACGUGGUAUAUAAUAUUGUUUGUGUUCUCACUCAACCGCUGUGGAAAAUGAUCCAGUGUAAAUGCUGAUCAUCACAUUCUUCUGUUUUCGAUGCCUUUUUGUUUUAUUCUUUCUUAAACAGUGUAUGAUCUCUUGUGGAACUCUGUGUGUUUCUUUCUGUUUGGAGGUAAUGCUUGCUAUCUGAUUGUGUCCGACCAACAGAAAAACCUAUGUGUAUACUGUGUUUGAUUUGUAUAGAAAUGUGGUUCAAAGUAUGUUUAAAGAACAAAAACACAUUGUAAGAAGAAAAAAUAGUGGCCUAAUGAAGCUAACAAAGCGUGGCUUGUGGUCAUAUUUGUAUUAAAUAAAGUUUCUAACUGAA